GCAGCUGGUGGCGGGUGCGGGCUGCGGUGUGCCCGCGCGCGGCUCAGCGUUUCCCGGGCUGGUGGCGGCUCCCGCGCGUCGGUUCCCUUCUCCGGCCCUCCUGCGACGACGGGGAGGCGUCGAGCCGAGGCCGACGGGGGCGCGAAGGGACUGCACAGCGUGUGAACCUGUGAUGUGCCCAUGUUGGUACCACCGGCAUGUGUGAGGACCUUUGGAGAAGUCCUGUGUGAGGUCAGUACAAAAGAUUAAACUCUGCAGAAGAAUGCAAUCAAGUGAUGGCUUUUUCUUUAGAAUGUGAAUAUGGAGGCCACAGGAACAGAUGAAGUUGACAAACUGAAAACCAAAUUUAUAUCUGCUUGGAACAACAUGAAAUAUAGUUGGGUGUUGAAAACAAAGACAUACUUUAGUAGAAAUUCCCCUGUAUUAUUGCUUGGAAAAUGUUAUCAUUUUAAAUAUGAAGAUGAAAAUAGAAUGUUAUCUGCGAUAUCAGGAUGUACAAUAGAAGAUCGCAUAAUUGCUGGGAAUGUAGAAGAAUUUCGUAAAGAUUUCAUUUCUAGAAUAUGGUUGACCUACAGAGAAGAAUUUCCUCAGAUAGAAGGCUCAGCUUUGACAACUGACUGUGGCUGGGGCUGUACAUUAAGAACUGGACAGAUGCUGUUGGCUCAAGGACUUAUACUACACUUUCUUGGUAGAGCUUGGACCUGGCCUGAUGCUUUGAACAUUGAAAAUUCAGACACUGAAUCGUGGACUUCUCAUACCGUAAAAAAAUUUACUGCGUCAUUUGAAGCGUCGCUUUCAGGGGAAAGAGAAGUCAAAACUCCUCCAACAAUUUCUCUGAAGGAAACAAUUGGGAAGUAUUCUGAUGAUCACGAAAUAGAGAAUGAAAUUUGUCAUAGGAAAAUUAUCUCUUGGUUUGGUGACUCUCCACUGGCAGCCUUUGGCUUACAUCAGCUAAUAGAAUACGGAAAGAAGUCUGGGAAAAAGGCUGGAGAUUGGUACGGACCAGCUGUAGUUGCUCACAUAUUAAGAAAAGCAGUUGAAGAAGCAAGACACCCUGAUUUACAAGGAAUAACUGUUUAUGUUGCACAGGAUUGUACAGUUUAUAGUUCUGAUGUAAUUGACAAACAGAAUGCUUCCAUGACCUCUGGUAAUACAGAUGAGAAAGCCGUUAUUAUUCUCGUUCCUGUUAGACUUGGUGGAGAAAGAACCAACACUGACUACUUAGAGUUCGUAAAGGGUAUUUUAAGCCUUGAAUAUUGUGUGGGUAUUAUUGGUGGCAAACCCAAGCAGUCAUAUUACUUUGCUGGAUUUCAAGAUGACAGUUUGAUUUACAUGGAUCCUCAUUACUGCCAAUCUUUUGUAGAUGUCAGCAUAAAGGAUUUCCCUCUUGAGACAUUCCACUGCCCUUCUCCCAAAAAGAUGUCGUUUCGAAAAAUGGAUCCAAGCUGUACGAUUGGAUUUUAUUGUCGGAAUGUUCAGGACUUCGAGAGAGCUUCUGAAGAAAUCACUAAGAUGCUGAAAAUGUCUUCUAAGGAGAAAUAUCCCUUAUUUACUUUUGUAAAUGGUCAUUCCAGAGACUAUGAUUUUACAUCCACUACAGCCAGGGAGGAAGACCUUUUCUCCGAGGAUGAAAAGAAAAGAUUCAAACGCUUGAGCACAGAAGAAUUUGUCCUGCUUUAAAAAGCAGCACGUGGAGGACUCCCUGGAAGCAGGGAAAAGGAAGAUAAACAAGUGUAUUUGAAACUGGUUUAUUUUUGCAAAAAUCUGUUUUGUAUGUUCUUUUCAAAAAGAACAUUUCAAACAUACAAGUUUAAAGAUAUUUUUUCCUGAAAGAGAAAUGAUUUAAUGAACUUUACUUUGUAAUAAAUAAUAAAUUGAGUGAUUCUGAUUGCA